UAUUCUGGAUUUUUAAUCGAUGUGGUACAAGUCAAAGCUAGCAUCAUAUUUCUAUGCAUAUUAGCAGGCAAGUACAACAGACAGUUAGCCACCGAUAAGUUUCAGCUAUCUAGUUAUGGCCACUCCAAUCGGAGCAGUUGAUGCAGGUGGCAAGACCAUAAUAGACGGCAACAUAAGACACCGACACUCUGCCAUUGGGUUCCAAAAGUGGAGACAACGCUACGUAACAUUCAAAGUCACCAAUUCUGGGCGCCUACAGUUUGUCAUUUACAAAGAAUCACCGGCCAUCCCUGACAAUGAAGUCAAGCAUGUAGCUAUUGACGAGUACGGAGGUCUGGAAACAAACAUGAAACUGGAGAGUGAGAAAUACACGUUUGCCGUCAUCACUAACUCUUCUACCGAGUGCUUCUCUGUCGACUCCCCUCAAGAGAUGUCCGAAUGGACCAACUUAUUGCAGGAGUACCUCGGGAAAGAGCUGGUGCUGAGCAUCAGUAUACCGUUCAAACAGAAUGUGUUGAGAGCGGGCAAAGCUCAGCUGCGAAUCAGAAAUCUUGGAUUUUCCAUAACAACGUGUGACAGCCCCCCGAGGUCACAGGGGUCAUGGCAGAUCAUACACAUACGAAAGUAUGGAGGAUCAGAUUUCUUCAAGUUCGAAACUGGCUCUCGCUGUCCAACAGGAGAGUGUCUCUACACCAUCCAAACAGAUGACAACAAAAGAGUCAAGACAUUAUUCAGCGAACUAUCACUACACAAGCCAAUCUUCACCGACGAUCGUGUGGGACGACGUAUGACUCUCGAGAAAAGCAUGAGCCACAGCAUGAAACUACCCUCUUUGCCGAUGAACAGAUUCAGUCUCCCACAGGUUCCUAGUAGCGACUCCCCAAGUCACCCGUUGUACGAGAACAGGGAUGCUAUAGCCAGUGCAAUGCCUCAGGGUAUGAGGAGACAUUCUGCAGCUGGUACUGAAGAGGUGCCUAGUCCGGCCAGGCAGGGGGCCAAGACGCUGCAAAACGGAAUACCUGGUACUGCAGUCAACAUCGAUGACAACAGACAAUAUGCUAACUGGACAGCCCAACGCACCCCCGGAAGAGCAUCCCCCUCUAAAAAACUCCACCCACAAAUCCAGCUCCCGGUAGACUACUACAGUGUGGUACCACCACCUGUCAUCCAACACCGAAGCACCGCGUCCAACUCAACACCACCAAGCAGCCCCGAGACUGAACAAUAUCUCAGGGAGGAUUUUGUGUCCCCAUCCAAGAAAUCACCUGAUUAUGAUUACUCUAUGGUUAACCCGUCUCGGGCGACUAUAGUAGGUGACCAUAUCAUGUUUAAGGAGGACUCUUCACAGCUAGAACCUGCCUCUAACCCUGAGGGCGAUGAUAUGUAUCAAAAUCUCAAAUUUCUACAUAAAAAGUCGACAAAUGGACCUGACUCUGAUACCUCAAAAGCCCCCAUUGCGGCCACACAACCAGUGGUGAUCUCUGACCUUGACUGGGCACAACAUAACUACACUAAUGUGCAACUAGCACAGGAGGCAAUGCACAGCAAGAAAGCAGAGACACCAGAAAGAAAGAGUGAACCAUUCUCUCCGAGCAGAAGGGAGACUAGCAGAAAACAUUCAGUGCCAUAUACUGGCGGACUCAGAAACUCACGCUCGACUAACGAACUCGACAACAACCCAAUAACUGAUUCAAGCCAUCCAUCUCCGGACUAUUACAACAUGUGCGUGCCCAAUUUACCUGCUAAUAACUCAAAAAAUGGUCUACACCUUCGUACAACUCUCUCAUUGACUUCUAUUCACCAACAAUUUAAUAGCCUAGAUAGUGUAGAUGGAGACACACGGAGUGGUAUACCAGGACCAAGGUCCGAUUUCGAGCGACAAAGCCGAUCACCAGUUGCGAAUACCUACGAUUCUCUUAUCCCUUUACCUGAAAACAAAGAAGUGAUGACAGAGCGUUACGAUAGAUUGUCACCGCUAUCCUUAAAUCGGAACUCAGGCUCCUCUUCCCCUGACCCUGUUCUCUCGCCAACAGAAUCUCUCAACCAUUUGACCCGUUACCAACGCAAGGUGAAUGUUACACACUACCAUCACAAGUACGAAUAUGUCGACGUUGACUUAGAACAUAGUGGAGAGAGUGGUUCAAGUGAUGGAGUAUUUAGUCCUAGUAACAAGAUGGAGCACCCACUCACGUGGAUGUCACCUGGCCCUAAUGAGACACCACAACCUGAGAGUCACAGCAAGCCUGCCAUUAUUGAGUCCAGGAAGAGGGUAUCUAUAAAAGAAACGAACUCAAAGCCUCGAAAAAAGCAGCUACCUUUGCAGACAACACCAGAAGAUUCACUUCAUUUUUUCCCCUCAGAGCAACCCGUACGUGCUAGCAGUGAAAUCACGAGAAAACCUUCGCCUGCACCCAGAAAUUCUCGCUCAAAGACUACCUCAGCUGUUCGGCGAUCAAGCUCGUCAGACGAAUCCAGUUUUGAGGUUAUUCCAGAAAUGGAGACUAUUUCUCAUGCUCACACAACACCUAAUGAAACCUUCCGCCCGAAAAUCUCCAAUAUUCAAGUUGAGCUAGUUAGAGAUUCAGUAUCAGAACACAUGUCACCUCCUCUCCCACCGCGAAAUGGCAGUGACAAUGAUCUAUCUAAAAAAUUUAACACUGAAUCGCAGCUGACUUCCUCAGUUGAGACUCCACCCCUUCCACCCCGCCCCCAGCACCACAAGUUGCCCCCCGUUAAUAUCGAGAUUGACAAAAAACCAUUACCUCCGAAACCAAAAGUUCUUUGUAUUCCUGAUAAUGGCAGCAAGAAGUAUGUAUCGCUGACAUUCAAUGAAACAGUUGACUUUGAUGAUAGUACCUAUUCUGCUGUGAAUGUAGAUCAACCGUUACAAUUUAAUCGCUCAUUUUCUGAGCAUCAAGAAUCCGAUGAACGUGUGUCUUAUUCAUCAGUUAACUUUCCUAUAACGGAUGCCCUUCAUUCUACGAUCAGAGAAAGAAUGACAGAGAGAGCGAAUUGUUAAUUAAAAUAUAACACAAGUUUUUAUUGCCAUGCAAGUGAUGUCACUAAGUCUGUGUACAUGUGGGUUCAAGCACUUUUGUGUUCUGCAAUCACUGAGAAUAAUUAUCAUUAUGCUAUUAAUUUAUUUUA